CUUUGGAUUCAAAAUGCGAGGCUCAGCCAGACGUGUUUGCUUAAAAAAUGGGAAGUGGAGCGGCUUGACCCCAAUCUGCAGCCGUGACUCCUGCUCCCAACACCACGUCAAGGUAGUUCUAAGAACAGAUCAAGGGCAAAUUGGAAGCAAGAGACCACCAGGAGAUAGAGCAACCGAGGAGAGGGCCAGAGGGAGGAGUCACACCCGCUACGUAUGUGGCCAGGCUUCGCUCAACCAAUAACCUGGAGGUCAUCUCAUGCUGGACAAAGACACCAUGGUCAACCCCUGGGCAUAUCCCAUUUUGACCUCGGGACUUCCUGGUAAUACUCAGCAUAGAUUUUCCUGUAUACUAUGCCAGCCACUUGGUUAUGGCAUUCAAUGUAUGUCCUGCCUGCUAGCAUCUUGUACUCUGCUGUUAUGUGCUGGAUUGUCUCGGGGGCAUCUCUGCACAGCCUGCACCUGGGUUCUUGCCUUACCUGGGAGUAUGGCUCCAGCAGAUUCCAGAAAUGACAUCCAAGAUCUCUAUAUAUAUAUAGGUAUAAGACACACACCCAUUUGAGGCUAUUGUAUGACUUGUGUUUGGUGUCUUUUCAUUUCUGGGGAAGCUGGGGAUCAUUGUGCUGAUCCUGGUAUCCCACCAGGUGCCUCAAGAGUGGGGAACAGUUUUGGAAUUGAUGACAGGGUGACAUACACCUGCAAGAGCAACCUGUUUUUGGUGGGCUCCAAUGAAAGAGUGUGUCAGGAGAAUGGCCAGUGGACUGGUGAAGAGCCAGAAUGCUACUACAAACACACCUUUGACACAUCGCUGGAGAUUUCAAAGGCAUUUGGCCAUUCAAUUAAAGAGACCCUAAUCACUUUAGAGUCUACUGAUGACGUACUGGGGGAGAGAAGAAUCAGGAUUUCAAAAAAUGGGACACUAAACAUUUACAUUGGUGUGGAUAUUUCUGGGAGCAUCAAUGAGAUAUAUAUCAAUAAAUCCAGAGACGCUGUCAGAAAACUUCUUACAAAGAUUUCAUCUUUUAGCGUGACUCCAAACUAUGAAAUCAUCUUUUUCUCCUCUGAGCUCUAUGAAAUUGUCAACAUCAUUGACUUUUUGGAUGGCAAUGCAAACCUACAAGAUGUCAUAUCUAAAUUAGAAGAAUUUGUAGUUGGUGACAGAAACACUGGAACAAAUCUGAACCUUGUCUUUAAGAAGUUCUUGGAGAAAAUGGCUAUCAUAAAGAUUCGAACUGGAUUGAAGGAUUUUAAGGAGCAUCAUCAUAUCCUCAUCAUUUUUACAGAUGGUGCUUAUAACAUGGGCGGUUCACCAGCACCCACUGUGGCAAUGAUAAAAAACAUGGUGUACAUGGAUGAGGAUGAAUCCAGAAAUGACUAUCUUGACAUUUAUAUUUUUGGAGUUGGGGAUGAAAUCUUUGAUGAGGACCUAAUGCACCUCACAGCAGGAACUGGAGGGCGCCAUUAUUUCAGAGUGAAUACCUUAGAAAAUCUACCAGAGACUUUUGAUGAAAUGAUCAAUGCAGAUGAUGUCAAAGGUCUCUGUGGACUUCACAAAGAGUAUAGGGAACCCAGCAAUGAACUCAAGAGGAAAAUGUAUCCAUGGAUGGCGUUUGUUCAUAUCCAGACUGGAGACCACAUAGUGAAAUGUAUGGGUUCUCUUGUGACCCCUGAGUUUGUCUUGACUGCUGCUUCCUGCGUACAUGGAUCUUUACCUGAGAAAGUCACAGUUGAAAUCGAUGAUGGACGAGGCAAAAUUAAAAAAGCAAAAACUUUAGUAUUUCACUCAAACUUCAGUGUAACUGCUAAAAAGCACAUAGGCAUUGAUGAGUUUUAUGACUAUGAUGUGGCUCUCAUCCAACUGGAGGAAUAUGUUCAAAUCUCCACUGAUGUGAGACCAAUUUGCAUACCUUGCACCCUGGAGACCAGUGCUGCUCUACAUUUGGUGGAUCAAACAUGCGAGUUACAAGAGAAACUUCUCUUAUGGAAUCGUCUUGAAAGACUCAAUUUCCUGACAAUGACAAGGAAUGUGGUAGACAUAAAAGAAGUUCAUGCCAAACUUGGAGAUAAUAGAAACGAAUGCAUCCAACAUGCAGUAGGUGUAGGUGGCAUAACUCAGGAAACACUGAUGGAAGCUGUGACAGAUAACUUUAUAUGCACCGGUGGUCUGGAACCUUUCAGAGAUCAUAUUUCGUGUCCGGGUGACUCUGGAGGUGCUGUGUUCAAAAACUUUCAACAUCGCACAGUACAGGUUGCAUUGGUCAGCUGGGGGAAUGAGAACGUGUGCAGGUUUGAUGGUGUUCAAAAGUCAACAAGGACAUCCAGAGAUUUCCACAUUAAUCUUUUCAGAGUUGUCCCUUUUCUAAAGUCUGUACUUGGAAAGAAAGGCCAGGACUAUGAGCCACUUGAGUUUCUGGAAAAUUAAAUACUCCAAUACUGUUUUGGAUGUAUAUGAUGUGUGCUCUGUUUAAAACACUGUCUCAGUUUAUUUUGCUGAUUGAUGCUUGUUUUCAAAAUGCACACAUCAGUGCUGUGAGCAGUGUCAAUUCUGCUGUUCUGUACUUUAACUCAUCUGCAGAUAUAAUUAUUCAGAAUUCAGCAUUUUCUGAAAUAAAAU